GCCGUUCUCUGAGGUCCAGGGAAGAAAGCCUGUCUUUGUGGCGACGGCUUUUCUCUUCCUUGUCUGUCAGGUCUGCACGAGUGUUACACGGUCAUAUCCAGGACUGCUCGUUGCGCGUUUCUUUGCCGGUGUAGGUGGCUCCACAUUCUCAACUAUGGUCGGAGGCAUUGUCGCAGACAUAUACCACAGUGAAACACGAAACAUGCCCAUGUCCAUGUUCGCAGGAUCCUCCCUGUUCGGCAUUGGCUUUGGCCCCCUGAUCUGCGGGUUCGUCGCGCAGCACACGACCUGGCGCUGGAUCUUCUACUUCCAGUCCAUCAUCGCGGGUAUGAUCUGUCUCUCCGUCCUGCUCUUCUUCCCCGAAACCCGCAGCACGGUAGUCCUGAGAAAGAAAGCCAAGGUGCUGAAUGACUGGUACGAAAAGCUGGAACAAGCAGGAUACUACGGACAUAAGGUACCCGUGGAGGGCACAGAAGGCAAAACUACCGUCCAACGGAUCCGGUGGAUUGUGGCCGAGGAUGAGGGCCGGACAACCCUGGGCCGGCUGAUAAUCAUCUCCCUCUACCGACCGUUCAAGUUCCUCUUCACAGAACCCGUGGUGUUCUUCUUCUCGCUCUGGAUGGCAUUCAGCUGGGCUGUGCUGUACAUGAACAUUUCCGCCGUGCCGAUGGUCUUCCAGGUGCGCUACGGCUUCUCGCUGGAGAACUCCAACGCGGUCUUCACCUCGUCCUGCGUGGCAUGCAUUCUCGCCACCAUCCUGGCCAUCACACAGGAUCGCCUCGCGGAGCGGAUCCCAAACUGGAACACCGUCCCCGAGCAGCGAUUGUACUUCAGCUGUGUCGAGAGCUGCAUGCUCCCCAUCGGCCUGUUCAUGUUCGGCUGGACCUCCGAGUACGGCGUGCACUGGAUCGUGCCCACCAUAGCCAUAGGCAUCAACACGGUAGGCAUCUUCUCCAUUUACCUGGCCGUCUUCAACUACUUUGCCGACACGUACAACCAAUACGCGAGCUCUACGAUCGCCGCGCAGAGUUUCUGCCGGAACAUGUUGGGCGGUGCCUUUCCGUUGGUCUCGAGACAGCUCUUUCACAAUCUGGGCUAUGGUCCUGCGUCUAGUUUGCUUGGGGGCAUUGCGGUACUCCUUACCUUUGUGCCGUGGGUGCUUGUAUUCUUUGGGCCGACUAUCAGGUCCAAGAGCAAGUUGGCUAGUGCGAUGAAUGACAAGCCUGCGAGUGAAGCGAAGACGCUUCCGCAGGAUGGUAAUGGGAGUACCGAAGUAUGAAUAUGAAGGAGGGAGAGAAAAAAAAAAGUCGAUAUUCGCGGAGCUACUAAGUAAUCGUCUUGAUGAUAUGCUACUAAUGAUGGAUAUAUGAAUAGGAUUAUAACUGAUAGAAUAGAUAGAAUUAAUGGUAUUGUCUAUUAUUGAUAUGGAAAA